CGGCGCAGAAGAUGGCGCCCGCACAGCCCGUGUCCUGCCGUGGUUUGUUGGCCGUUUAAUUCGGAGCCGAGUGCGGGGCGCCGCUCUCCGUCCGGCAGCUGGACGCGACCGCGACAUGGCAGUGCGCCGCUGCCGCCGCCGCCGCCCGCUCUCCUGAUCCCGGAGUCGAACCCGCGACUUCAUGUCCGACGGAGCCGCAGCCGCCUGGUCGAAGAGCGGUUGUGGGGAUUCGCACCGCCGAGCUCUGUUGCCGUCGGUGAUGCUCGUCCUCCGCUGUCUCACACACUUUCCCCGUCUCCUGUUUUAGAACCUGGGAAACACAAACACCCGAAAUGCGAGCGGCCCGUUAGCGCUCAGCCAUCGAAGCCUGUGAUUGUUCGCCAGGGCACCAAAAGGUGUGUGAUGUCGGGGGUGGACGUGGAGGUGUACCUGUCCCAGGUGCACGACGGCAGCGUGUCGUCAGGCUUCCGGGCGCUGUACGAGGAGCGUCUGCUGCUGGACGUCACGCUGCUGAUAGAGGAGCACCACUUCCAGGCCCACAAGGCGCUUCUAGCCACCCAGAGCGACUACUUCCGGGUCAUGUUCACCGCCGACAUGAGGGAGAGGGACCAGGACAAGAUCCACAUGAAGGGGCUGACGGCUGCUGGGUUCGGCCACAUCCUCCGCUUCAUGUACUACGGCUCACUGGAGCUUAGCAUGCCCACCGUCCAAGAGAUCCUGCAGGCGGCAAUGUACGUCCAGCUGACGGAGGCGGUGGAGUUCUGCUGCUCCUUCCUGCUCGCCAAGAUCUGCCUGGAGAACUGCGCUGAGGUCAUGCGCCUCCUGGAGGACUUCAGUGUCGGCGUGGAGGGCGUCCAGGAGCAGCUCGACAACUUCCUGCUCGACAACUUUGUCCCGCUCAUGAGCCGACCAGACUUCUUGUCCUACCUCAGCCUGGAGAGACUGCAGGCGUACCUGAACAGCGACGCCCUGAGUCGCUUCCCGGAGAUCGAGCUGUACGAAGCGGUGCAGUCGUGGCUGCGACACGACCGGCGGCGCUGGAGGCACACGGACACCAUCGUGCAGUCCAUCCGCUUCUGUCUCAUGACGCCCGCCAACAUCUUCGAGAAGGUGAAGACGUCCGAGUUCUACCGUUACUCUCGGCAGCUGAGGCAGGAGGUGGACCAGGCCCUCGGCUACUUCCACGACGUCAACCAGCAGCCACUGGUGGAGACGCGCUCCAACCGCAUCCGCUCCGUCCGCCCGCAGACCGCCGUCUUCCGGGGAAUGAUCGGCCACAGCAUGGUCAACAGCAAGAUCCUGCUGCUGCAGCGCCCAAAGGUGUGGUGGGAGCUGGAGGGACCUCAGGUGCCGUUGCGGCCCGACUGCCUGGCUAUAGUGAACAACUUUGCCUUCCUGUUGGGCGGCGAGGAGCUGGGGCCCGACGGCGAGUUUCACGCCUCCUCCAAAGUCUACCGCUACGACCCUCGACAGAACUCCUGGCUACGCAUGGCCGACAUGUCUGUGCCCAGGUCCGAGUUUGCCGUCGGCGUCAUCGGCAAGUUUAUUUACGCGGUGGCGGGCCGCACGCGAGACGAGACCUUCUACUCCACUGAGCGCUACGACAUCACCGAGGACCGCUGGGAGUUCGUUGACCCGUACCCCGUGAACAAGUACGGUCACGAGGGAACGGUCCUGAGUGGUAAACUGUACAUCACCGGCGGAAUCACCUCCUCCUCCACCUCCAAACAGGUGUGUGUGUUCGACCCAGGGCGGGAGGUGGGAGGAGGAGGAGGUGGGGGCGGAGGAGGAGGAGGAGGAGGAGGAGGCGGAGGCGGCGGCGGCGGGAGUUCUGGGGGCUCUGACGCACACAGGACACGCGCCGCCAGAGGCCAGCUGCUGCCCGGCACUCACGCCAGCUGCUGGGAGAACAAAUCCAAAAUGAACUAUGCCCGUUGCUUCCACAAGAUGAUCUCCCACAACGGGAAGCUGUACGUGUUCGGAGGCGUGUGCGUGAUCCUGCGGGCCUCCUUCGAGUCGCAGGGCUGCCCGUCCACCGAGGUGUACGACCCGGACACCGACGAGUGGACCAUUCUGGCCUCCAUGCCCAUCGGGCGCAGUGGCCAUGGGGUGGCGGUGUUGGACCGGCAGAUCAUGGUGCUGGGCGGCCUGUGCUACAACGGCCACUACAGUGACUCCAUCCUCACCUUCGACCCCGACGACAACAAGUGGAAGGAGGAUGAGUAUCCCAGGAUGCCUUGCAAACUGGACGGUCUGCAGGUGUGCAGCCUGCACUUCCCAGAGUACGUGCUGGAGCACGUGAGACGCUGCAGCUGAGGUCCGCUCCGCGACCGGCCUCCUUUUUUUUUUAAUAAUAUAGAAAUGGGGAAAAGUUACUGUCGGAGGACGGACGCCUCCCGCGAGGUGGCGACUCCGCGGAGGACAGCACUUACCCAGGGUGACUCUGCUCUCUGUUACCGAGGGCAAGCGCAGCGUGGCGAGCCGAGACGACGCCUCCUGUCGACCAGCGGCGGCUCGAACAUUUUCACAAUUAGCUUUUCUCAGAAAAAUAAAAGAAAAAUAAUCGUGCCGAGGAAGAAAAAAAAAAAAGUUUCAUUCUGCCGGUUUACGUUUUGGACCGUGGUCAGUUUCCUCCUACUAACUCACUGUAUCUAGACUGAACCCGGUCGGGCUCGCUGCAGGAACGCACUGGGAGCGUCGGGAUUCCUUCACUUCACCAGAAUCCUGUUUCACAAACCUUGUUUUGAAAUUUGUUUUCCUGAUACGACAAACAAACAUCCUGUAUAUCUUUAAUGUCAAUAGGUUAGUGAAAGACAAGCAACAGAACCAUAUAAUAUAUAAUAUAUAUAACGGCAAGUUAAAGCAAACAAUGAGGUAUAUAUAUAAACCAAAUAUAACACUGUACACUGUAGUUCAUUUGUGAAGCAGAGUCUACGUCUGCCACCAGCUGUAAAAUGUCACAUGAUGGGGAAUCGAUAAAUCCAGGUUUUCGCUUCCAGUGCGUUCCAGCUUUUUUAAAUUUUAUUUUUUGGCCCCAAUUCUGCUCUUCACCUCCAAAUGUCCACCGUACUGUGAUCAUGCCGCGUCUUUCUGCGCGACGACGAGAGCGAGAGAGAUGCGAGGCGGCGGCGUGGUUCACACACGAGGGGCUCGUUCCUCGUGUCGUAUAUAUCGUCACCUGCUCGUGAAAAGAGAAAAGAUCUUUGGCCCCAGAGGAGAAUCGUCACUGGCAGAGCUCUACCUACAUUCCCCUGCACUCGCUCCAGGUGGCUGUCGUCGGGUGUAAGUGCACAGUUUACUGUAGCUGCGAACAGCAAGUUAGAAUCGUAAGAAACAUGAGGCCUCGAGGAAGAACCGUUUCCCCUUUUUUCUCAAAUUCAACCUCAUUCUGUGGACCAUAAACAGUUAGGACGCAUGAACAGUUACUUGAUCGGCAUCGUGUGACUGAGACGUCAGCGGUGCGACAUGACGGUCACAAAGAUGUUUUCGACGCGGACGAAGUGACCGGCGGCCUUAAAAGUAGCUGAUGUCACACCGUCGAGGUGCGACGUGUUUCUGUGCCAAAAAAACCAUGCCAAUAGAAUCUAGGAUGAUUGGCUGAUGACGACAAGAGAACAUGAAGCGGUAAAACUCUCUGUAAGAACAAAUCUGUUGACGCGAGUCGUCGAUCCCGCGUUUUUUACCCAGAAACCACCAGUGUGACCGAGGCCGCCACUUCACACGACCUUUGUCCUGCUGAAGCUGAAGUUCACUCUGCGGUUGGUCGUCACAGCCGCCACCAUCCUGCAGCUCCACGUUUCUGACAUCCUUAUUUAUUAUUUGUAUUAUUCAUGAGCCAACUGUGAAAAGGGCUAGAGCACGCACUGAUCUGUCAAGCCGCGUAUUUAAGUUAUUUAUUUUUGGGAGGGAGGUGUCGCUUUCCACCGAGCUAUGCAGUAACAGUGGUAGGAUUAUUUAUUAUGACGAGAAUCUCAUUGUGAAUCGUGUUGUUUUUUCCAAAAUGCUCCUCCUCUUCUUCUUCUUCCUCCUCCUCUUCCUCUUCUCCCCAUGUUUCUUCCUCAGUCUCGUCUGUGAAGUGAUCCAGAAAUGUAUUUGGGUCAUUUAACAUCACAGUCCACUCAUAACGAAACUCUCCCUCUCAGCAGCUUUAUAUGAAAACGUUCUUUUACCAGAUGUCACAUUAACAGGUUCUCAUUGUCUCUGAAACUACAAACUUGUCGGUCCAGUAGGUGGCGUGUUUGUGAGGGAUCAGACUUUGAGUAUCAUACCUGGUAUGAAAACACUCCGUCUAUCUUCUUCUUCUUCUUCUUCUUCUUCUAAUUCUUCUUCUUCUUCUUCUUUGAGUCCCGGCUGUUCACUAACACACAACAAACCAGCAGCUGCUGCUUUACAGGUGUCACGUUUUUCUAAUUUGGGGGAAAAUGUUUUUUGAAAGCGAGAAUUAAAGAAAGGAAAUGAAAUGGCAUCGGUCCAAAUUUUCAAAAUCAAAAGAUCUGUUUAUUUACUGUAGAAUAAAAGCUGCACAAUCCUCACGUUUGAGAAGCUGCAGUCUGCAGAUGUUUGGCUUUUAUUUUUCUUUUUGGAAAUUUAGAUUAGAAUUGGAAUUAGAUUAUCAAAAAUAGUCUAAAUUCAAAAUAAAUCUGUUAAACUGCACUUUAAAGACAUUUUUUAGAAACAUUUAGCCAUUUUAACUUCUUCGUCGUCACCUGGCCAAUAGGAGCUAAAUCAAAAAAUAUUGUUCAUUAAGUAAAAAAUGAAAAUUUGUUGUUUUUUACACUGAAUUUCAACUUUUUUUUCUUUCUUUUUUUACUUUCAAACAUUUUUAUUGUUCAAAUUGAGAUAAACCCCCCCCCCCCCCCCCCCCCAAAAAAAAUCCAAAGUUUCUACAGUUCUUCACACUGUUCAUGUUAUUUUCCCUUUUUGUUUUUUUACCAGCACAACAAUCUGUAAAGAAGCCACCGGGUGUCACGUGUUGAACAGACCGACGCUCAUGCUGAGCAUUACUCUGCCCUCCUCUUCCUCCUCUUCCUCCCCCUCCUCCCAUGUCGCUGUUUUAAGAAGAAGAAACAUGUAACCGUUAACAUACUACUGUCCCGAGUCGAGGCACAUUCAGUCCUGGCGCUGCACCUUUAGUCCACCAGUCUUCAGUCUGUCAGUAGGAAAACAGAAUAGAGGAUUUAAAAAGAGUCAUAACGAACAACACAUACCUUGCUACAACGACUGUAUCCGAGAAAGAAAGUAAAAUCAGAUUAACAUACUUUAUAAUCUGAGUAGAAAACUCUUUGGAAAACGAUUUGUAACUUUCCAGAAAUAAAUGUUCAUAUUGGUCAACUUUUA